GCCCGAAAGAAAAUGCUUUCCACUCCCCUCUUCUCUCUCUCUAGCUGGUCAUUUGGAAACACCGGUCGAUCGACUGCUCUCUCUCUCUCUCUCUCUCUCUCUCUCUCUCCAUACAUGGCUUCCAUUAUUCAUUCCUGCAAAACGUCAGCUGAAACCCUAGAAUGGGCCAAGGCCAUUGCCCAAUUUCUCAGAGCUUAUCAAUGCCUCCUCAACGCCCAUGUCGUCAACUUUUUCCGGGAUAAGCUAUGGGAAACUCUGGAUCAGCAGUGGUUGGAUUGCCUGAGAGAUGAGCCUGUGAGAAAUUUGCUUUCCAUUCCUUCUGGUACAGUUCAGGAUAAUUGGCCUUGCUCAUUGAAGGAAUUUAUUAAUACUGCAAGAUCUCUUUCCUUUCCAAAAGAGGGGGAAUCAUUGGAAAUGAUAUUUCCUGGUGUUCGAGUGGAACCAGUCAGCAAUGUUCUUGCUCAGGGCAUGAACCUGAAGAAAAAGCAUGAAGUGGAAAUUCUGGCUGCGACUGUUGGCAGGGUUGCCAGUAGUGUUGGAGCACACACUAUAAUCGAUGUUGGAGCUGGUCAAGGUUAUCUUGCACAAGUUCUAUCAUUCCAGUAUCAGCUAUCUGUGUAUGCCCUAGAUGCUUCUGCUCACCAUGCAAGUGUUACUAGUGAGAGGGCUGAGCGCAUCAAGAAGUAUUAUACAACAAAAUCAAGGAAAACAAUAGCAGGAAAUGAGCAUUUUAUGAUUCCUAAGACAAUCACUUGUAAUAUUCCAUCUAGUGGUGCACUGACAGCCUUGAGUGAUAUGUCAUUACUUAAGAAUAGCAUCAAGGAAUCACAGGAGAGUAGCAAGCUUUUAGGAGCACUUUCCAUUGAAGAUUUGGAAAGCAAGGAGGAAAAGGUUAGCAGACCUUUAUCAUUUGAUGGCAAGUCUGUCAAGUCAUCAUUGGUUCUUGCAGGGCUUCAUGCUUGUGGAGAUCUAUCUGCAAACAUGCUCAGGACCUUUGUAGAAUCUGAUGACAUGAAAGCACUAAUCAGUAUAGGCUGUUGUUACAAUUUGUUAUCUGAAGAUUGCUCUGAGAGUGUUGCAAGCCAAUAUGGUUGUCCAAUGAGUAAUGGUGUUAAGUCUGUUGGACUAAAGCUAGGCAGAAAUGCACGAGAUCUUGCUUGUCAGAGUGCAGAGAGAUGGCGAAGUCUGAGAGAUGAUGCAGCCCUUCAGAAUUUUGAUUUACAUGCAUUUCGUGCUGCUUUCCAGAUGAUUGUACAUGAUUAUUAUCCUGAGCUUGUGGAUAUGAACCCUUCGAUAGGCAGACAAGGGAAAGCAUUGCGCCGUCGCCAAUUAAGAAAAGCCCUCCAUUCUGAACUUAUUGCAAAGGACAAUAGUGCUUUUCCCUCUCCUUCCUUCAAUAAAAUCAGUGAAAGCUUCGAAUCUUCCAAAGCAUUUGUAGCUGGUGAAGUUCGAACCUCUGAACUCCCCAAUCUUUCAGAGAUGGAAGGGAAUAUAGACCGAUACGAAGGAAAAAACGGGGUCGAUACUUACGUAUUUCGUCUUGCUAAUUUGGAUUGUCAAUCUACAGAGAGGAUUUCAAAAUCUGGAGAAAGAAAAGAAAGAACCCUUUCUUAUCGAAGUUUCGAGAAAUCUGCCCUCUUUGAAGAAUUCAGCAGGUCGGGACUAGAUCGUCUUGGGAUUGGGCCCAAGGAUGACAUAGAUUUCCUCUGUGUAUGGGAAAAGGCUGUACCUUAUGCUGAACUUAUUGGGCCGUAUUGGUCACUCCGGGCUUUGAUGGGGCCGCUGGUUGAGACUUUUCUUCUGCUGGACAGGCUGUUGUUCCUCCAGGAGCAAGGAAGAAGUUCAAUACAAGCAAUUAUGCUUCCACUGUUUGAUCCAGUUUUGUCACCUAGGAACACGGCCAUCAUUGCAUGGAAAGUUGCACAAUAAGAUUGAGUCAAGUCUCGUCUCUCUUACCAGCCCGAUAGAAGAAUCACAAUUGUCCUUAAAUUUUUGAGAAGUUCAAGAAAUGGAGUACCAUGUUAUGUAGUUCACUUUGAUGACACUGGCUCAUGGUGUCGAAAUUGUUGAUUAUAAGUAUCUGAAAUCUUUGAAAUCUCUCUCUCACGUACACACACAUGCGCAUGCUGUGUGCCACCACACACACAUACUCGGGAUGACAUGUUUGGAUCCUACUUUUGAAAUUUUAAGAGAAUGUAGCAUCUGAGCAUUACAAUUUUGAUGAAAUAUGUACUCUCCCUCUUUCGUUACAAUUUUGAUGAAACAUGUACUCUCUCCCUCUCGGGAUUAUCCAUAAAGAGACCAUUUAUGUUUUGUA